AUGACCGUGUCUGUUACAGUGUCAUCUUUUAAGCCAGAGGUGUUGGAUUGUUUGAGCCGUUCGUGCAUUCCAUCCGGUUCGACUUAUGUUGGGAAGGGGACCGUAAAAAUGACAGAUGGUAUUUUAAACAAGCAUGUGAGCUAUUUGCUGGAGAAAACUGUUUCGAGGGAGUUUCAGUAUUCUUUAUUUCUUCUUCAUAAGACUAAUCUGCUAGUUUACUAUUUCUACAAGUAUGAGCAAUUUGAACCGUUGUACCGAUUAUGGUGUGAUUAUUACGGCAGUUUACUAAACCUUUCUGGCACCGUUGAUGAUCGACUGCUAAAGGCUGAUUAUCACGGUUGUUUAUUCUUAGUUUCAGAUGCAUCCAAUCCGUCUCAGAUUGGUUUGAAUGGAAUCGUGGUGAAGGAGACUCGACAUACAUUUCAAAUAAUAACAAGAAAGAACAAGUUACUGACCAUUCCGAAGGAAGGUACCUCCUUUCAGUUCGUUUUUGCUGGAAAGAUUUUUACGCUUUUUGCUGAUGCAUUUAGGUUUGUUCACCAAACUUUUUAUUAUUAUAUUUAG